UCUGUCCGUCAUUCACGUCGCACGUUCGCUGUUUCGCGGUGGUUUGCUCGUUUUUUCAUUUCCACCUGGGUUCCCGAUCGCUGCACAGGGAACUAUUCGCUGCCCUGCCACCCUUUACGCUCCGUGGACUCAGCCCAGGCUCGCUCGACCCACGCAGAUAGACAAGAUGUCACUGUCGGAAUUCCGCAAGAAGAAGUUACUCUACGUCUUCAACACUUUCUUCGAUUGCAAUCAAAGUGGCGCGAUCGAUAAGAAGGAUCUUGACCUUGCUGUGCAACGAAUCAGCGAAUGCAGAGGCUGGACUCCUGACAAUCCCAAAGUUCAAAGCACGAGGGAUAAUUUGCUAAAAAUGUGGGACGGUUUGAGGCAAAGGGCCGACGCAGAUCAAGAUGGACAAGUUAGUCGAGAGGAAUGGUAUUCACUUUGGGAAGAAUACGCGAAAGAUCCAUCGAACCCAUCCGAAUGGCAACAAACAUACAUGACAUUGAUGUUCCAGUUGUUCGAUGCGUCUGGUGACAAAUCCAUCGACGAGACCGAGUUCUGUAACGUGUGCAGAUAUCAUGGCGUACCGGAAGCCGAGGCCAAGGAGGCUUUCAAAAAAUUAGGAGUCGGUCAGGAAAUAACCUGGGAGAAAUUCAGCAACCUCUGGAAGCAAUAUUUCUCCUCGGACGAGCUGACCACAGCCGGAAACUUUAUUUUCGGAAAAACUUCCUUCUAACUCUCCCGUUACGCGUGAACCGGGAGACGUAUUAUUACCAUUUCCUAUGCGUCGCCAUUGUAUCGUCCAUUCGUCUGAUUUCUCGUGGUCAAUUUACCUCUACUCAUAAAAUAAUCACCGGUCAGAGGUUAUUCUUGUUUGACAACGAAAUAAAAGGCAAACCUUUUGAUUUUAUCGAUUCCGUAACGAACGAUCGCGAUCAUUCGGCAGCAGAUAUUUCGUUGACUCCUAGCCGUGUAAAAACAAUCGUUCUCGCGAGUUCAGAGACGGCCAUUCUCGUCCAGAUAGCGAAUAAAAAACAAAAUUAAAUAUUUCACGAUCAAACAAUUAAAAUUUAACUGCACGAUCGAGUCAGCGUCGCGAUUAAAUUGCUAUAUGUUGGUCCCAUUCGUCAUUUAUUAUUUAAAGAAAAUUUUGACCGUCCCGAAUUCACGAUGGACGCGCGGAACGAAAUUCUUCCCACCAUUCGAUAAACAUGGCGGCGAAGCAGGGCUGGGACUGCUUGUCGAAGUUUUCUGUAUUCGAGUACAGUAAGUUUUCGACUUCCUCGGCUAAUUUGUACCAAAGUCGAUGAUAAAUUCGAUAUAUUGGCAGGGAAGAAGAGAAAUCAGUCUCAGGUCAAAGAUAAUGUGGACGGUAUUCACGUACUACUCGCCAUUCUAUCCAGGAUUAUCCUUUCUUCCUGCAAUAUAUUAGCUAAUCAACGUUAAUUUCGAAAAGUAAAUUCGUGCUGCUUUGUAUAAAGAAUAAUUUAAUAAAUGGUAUUUAUUUAAAAUAUAGUUGUCCUUCCUACUACUAGCGCCUCUAGCGGAGAAACUGUGAAACACAACUACUAUAUCUGCGCAGAAUAUACAUAUACAGUAUAUCCUCCUGCCAACUCACGCGCAACUAUAAAAGAUUAUGUUUCAUCGUUUCUCCGCUAGAGGAUAGGACUACCAUUUUUUGGUCCAUUUUAUAAGACCAUAAUGUGUGCAACUCGAGGACUUACUGCAUUAGAACACUUCGAUGGUUCAUAUGUUCGGCGAAUAUAAUUCGAAUACUAUUCGAAUGUUUGAGUAUCGAGUAUUUUGUGCAUCUUGGUAUUAAUCAAGUAUCAUAAAUUCAUCAUUACUUCUUAACCCUUUAUAGUUUGCUGCAUCAGGGUGAAUAAGAUCGAUAGGUUUCAAUUAAAAUUUAGCGCUCAAUUAAUAUCCUAUCAUCAACACUAAACAACGUUCUAUUCCAUCGUUUAUUUCAGAAGUAAAAAUUAAUUUCGUUUAUAGAGGGUUAAAUUUUAUUUUCAUUUAGGAUAUCGUACAACGUUCCUUAUAUUUAAACUUCAUUGUACAAACAGAAAAAGACUUCUAUGUACUCGUACAAGUACUAUCGAUCAUCUCGUAAGAAUCAUCGGCUUCGCUUCGACUAAUAAGACGUAACACAAAUACGACGCUUUACGCGAGCUAAUAUUUUUAAUACUCAACUGUUCGAAAUUUAUUCGCAAUAUUCGAAUAGUCCCAGUCCCGUAAUAAUUUAUAUCUCGUUGUAUGUUUUUAUCGGUAGCGUAUUUAAUUGUAAGAAAAACGAACUGUAACGGUCACGAGCUGCGCGAGUCACCUUCGUUCGGCGGUAAAAAUCGUUUUUUGAACCGGUGUAUCAGACGAUGCGUUUAAUUAGCGAAUAAUGCUUCCCUCCAGUCCGCGACAAGGCGGACGGUGUUUUCAGAGUUUAAAAUAAAACUUGUUCCGGAAUAAUGGCACCCACAUAGAUGCAGGCGUUUGUCGUGUUACGUUGGGAAAAGAUCGACGUGGUACGGCAUUGAGAAAAAAUAGAAAAAGAAAAAAAUAAAAGUAACUUCGUAUCCAUCGGCACGACGACUGGAAACGUUUUAGAAGUUUCAAACAAGUUGGCUUAAUUAUCGUGUACGGAGCAUCCACGGACGAGGCGUUAUACAUAUUUUAAACGAGUUGUCGGUAUCGCCCUAAAUGUGUCUUGUAUAGACAUUAUAUAUAUAUAUAUAUAUGCUGUUAUAUCGAGAAAUAAAAGGAGCAUACGUAUAUCUACAGAAAUAUAUAAAUAUAAAUAUAUAUAUACAUAUAUAUGUAUAUAUUUGAAUGACAGAGUUUUCAAUAAAUUGUGAUUAAAGAGAUUUAUAAAUUUUAAUCGAUGUUGACUUGAAGGGACAGUCGGGGAACUGAAUGCUGGUACGUAUUUUAAUUUUAGGCUAUUUCACCGUCUAUUGCCCGGUUUUUUUCAGUGAGACUCCUGUAGGCAUGACAGAAUCUUUGUAAAACACUUUUAAUGAUUAUUAUAAUUUCUAUUGCGUGCCGUUAGUUCUGUUCACGGCGAAAGAAACGUGUUUCAAAGAGAGAAUAAUGUUCUUUUUGUGGGCAAUAGAGGUUCAACUUAAGUGGUCUGUCUAGUUCUCGAUUUUUCAAAAUUGAACAAUAUUUAAGCUUUUUUUCAGAGCAACCUAUUGGACGUAACUAAUUCAAAAUUUGUAAAGGCAUACUGAUUUUGUUGUAAACUUCGUAACUGAUAUAAUAAACAUUCUGGUCGCCAGAAAUAAAAAAAAACAAAAAUCAUACAUUUUUGUGGCUUUACCAGUGAUAAGGAAACCUUCACAAAUAUCGAAUUAGUUUUGAUACGAAAUGUAGAGGAAACUUCAUGCUUUAAAAUUUUCUUUUCAUUUCUAAACUAGAUAGACCCCUUAAAUGCAAAUAAAAAGACAAGACAAUUACUCGAAUUCGUAUUCAUGAAGAGCAUAGGCACUGAAUACAGUCAUCAUAAUUCAGCCAUAACAGUAAAAAUUCGUUUCAAUUUCAUCAUUGUUUAAAUAAACAAAUUGAAUUACAAUUUCUGUUUAACUUAUAUUUAUUCUCUGUUAAUUCUUAUCAUUUUUAUACUGAAUAAUUACUAACUCUGGAAUUGUUGACGUUUCCAUAGCUCUUCCGUUGCUUGUAAAGAAACGUAAUUAUUUCUCGUAAACAUCAUUUAUCUAAGAAUUUUAAAUAUUUCCAAAAUUGUGGUCAUGCGUACGAAUACGACUGAGAGAUAUUUACGUUUAUUUGUACCGUUCGAAACAUUGUUCUGCUUCAAGAUAAACAAUAACGUUGUUGUCGCGAUCUAACAUAGCCUGUCAUGUAAUUCUGAGUGUACAAUAAAAGAAAAUUAAAACCAUUAA